GUCGACUACUGUACUCAACAAGCGCUUUCCAAUAUGGUUUCGAGCAAGAUAAUACUUGCUGUUUUUGCUCUAUUGAUGCUAGCAUGUACUGCAUCUGCUCAGUACUACGGAGGCAUGUACGGAAUGAACUACUACCCAAGACGUCGUCGCCCAUACUAUCCUGGGAUGUACGGAGGCUAUGGAAUGGGUGGAAUGAUGCCAUACGCUAAA